AUGGAGGGUGCGAUGGCAGUGCGGGUGACGGCCGCUCAUACGGCAGAAGUCCGGGCCGAAGCCGGGCGGGAAGCUGACGGGGGCGGGGUCGCUGCGACAGCGGCCUUGGCCCCCAGCGGCUUCCUCAACUUUCCCGCGCCGUUCAACGAGGAAGAUGAAGAUGAUGUGCACAGAUGUGGCCGCUGCCAGGCUGAGUUCACGGCUCUGGAGGACUUUGUCCAGCACAAGAUCCAGAAGGCCUGCCAGCGGACCCCACCAGAUGCCCUGCCUGCAGCCCCUGCUGCCACUGAGCUGCUGGGCCAGGAGGUAAGCACGCCAAUCCCUGCUGCCCCAGCCCCUGAGGAACCUAUUACCUUGGCCCACAUUGUGGUGGAGGCGACCUCUCUGGCAGCAGAUCUCAGUCAUGAGCCCGAUAUUGUGGGUGAUGGGCACAUCAAAGAGGUGAUUGUAGCAGCAGAAGCGGAGGACCCGGGGCAUGGUGAGGAGCUGGCCGAGGGCUCCUCGCUUGUCGAGCAGGGGGAGCCAGCCCAGGUCCAGCUGGUGAUGAACAAGGACGGUCGAUAUGUGUGCGUGCUGUGCCGGAAGACCUUCAAGACAGGCAGUAUCCUCAAGGCCCACAUGGUCACGCACAGCAGCCGCAAGGACCAUGAAUGUAAGCUGUGUGGGGCCUCCUUCCGGACCAAGGGCUCACUCAUUAGGCACCACCGACGACACACGGAUGAACGCCCCUAUAAGUGUGCCAAGUGUGGAAAGAGCUUCCGGGAGUCAGGGGCACUGACCCGCCACCUUAAGUCCCUCACUCCAUGUACGGAAAAGCUGCGCUUCAACGUCACCAAGGACCUGGCUGUUGGCAAAGAGGAUGGGCUUGCAGGGUCAGGCACUGCCAGCCUGGGGACGGUCACCUCAUCAUCAGUGACGGGUGAGCCCAUGGAGGCGUCGCCUGUGAUUCACCUAGUGACAGAUGCCAAGGGCACAGUCAUCCAUGAAGUCCAUGUACAGAUGCAGGAGCUGCCCCUGGGCGUAAAGACCGUGGAGUCGGAGCCUCUUGGGCCCGAGGAGCUGCCCUCCACCAGUGAGGGGGAUCGUGAAAACCUCCUGCACCAGGCCAUGCAGAACUCGGGCAUCGUCUUGGAGCGCGUGGCAGCGGAGGACGGGGACACCCUGGAGCCGGCCCCUGCCCCAGAGUCCAGUCCUCAAGCCGUGGGAGAUGGUUCCACAGGGCUGCCGCUGCUGGCCAUGGAGCAGGUAGACACACAGGUGGCCAGUGAGGCUGCAGGAGUGCCCAGAGGCCACCCAUGCCCUCAGUGCAGUGAGUCCUUCCCCACGGCUGCCACGCUGGAAGCCCACAAGAGAGGCCACGUAGGCCCGCAGCCAUUCGCGUGUGCGCAGUGCGGCAAAGCCUUCCCCAAGGCCUACCUGCUCAAAAAACACCAGGAGGUCCACGUGCAUGAGCGCCGCUUCCGCUGUGGAGACUGUGGGAAGCUCUAUAAGACCAUUGCCCAUGUUCGUGGCCACCGGCGCGUCCACUCGGAUGAGCGGCCCUACCCCUGCCCCGAGUGUGGCAAGCGCUACAAGACCAAGAACGCCCAGCAGGUGCACUUCCGGACACACCUGGAGGAGAAACCACACGUGUGUCAGUACUGCAGCCGUGGCUUCCGGGAGAAGGGCUCACUGGUGCGCCAUGUGCGGCACCACACAGGGGAAAAGCCCUUCAAGUGCUACCGCUGCGGCCGGGGCUUCGCUGAGCAUGGCACGCUCAAUCGGCAUCUGCGCACCAAAGGAGGCUGCCUGUUGGAGGUGGAGGAGGUGCUAGUUCCGGAGGAGGGCCCUGCAGCUGCCACGGUCCUUGCGGAGGACCCCCACACUGUGUUGGUGGAAUUCUCAUCCAUGGUGGCCGACACCCAGGAGUACAUCAUCGAGGCCACCGCAGAUGACGCAGAGACCAGUGAAGCCACCGAGAUCAUUGAGGGCACCCAGACAGAGGUGGACAGCCACAUCAUGAAGGUGGUCCAGCAGAUUGUGCAUCAGGCUGGCGCUGGGCACCAGAUCAUAGUGCAGAACAUGACCAUGGAUCAGCAGACUGGCCUGGGCCCUGAGGCUGGCACUGACACUAUCACCAUCGCCACACCUGAGAGCCUGACUGAGCAGGUGGCCAUGACACUGGCCUCAGCCAUCAGUGAGGGCACCGUGCUUACAGCCCGUGCCGGGGCCAGUGGUGCUGAACAGGCCACUGUGACCAUGGUGUCUUCAGAGGAUAUUGAGAUCCUGGGUCAUGCGGGCGAGCUGGUCAUUGCCUCGCCGGAGGGGCAGAUUGAAGUCCAGACAGUCAUCGUGUAG